UCAACAUAUACGGAACAGCAAUGAUCGUUCGUACGUUUUUACAACUAAUUAUUUAUAAAUAAAAAAAUAGCAAAAUUGUCAAAAUUGUCGACACUGAAGUAAAAAUAUACUCGCCCGAGUUUGCACGGAUUCCGAUAAACAUUUUUGUCACAAAUAUGGACGAGGCCAAGUUUCUUAAAAGAAAAGUGCGGUCGGGAAAUCUCGACGUGCAUCCCACGGAAAAAGCGCUUGUUGUUAAUUAUGACGUCGAGGCGUUUAUCCUUGGUGAACUCGGUGACCCAAUGCUGGGUGACAGAAAAGAAUGUCAGAAAAUCAUCAGGUUGAAAAGUCUCAAUGCAGACACGAACGUGUCUCUGCUGGCCAAAGAAGUCAUGGAAAAAUGUUUUCUCAUCCACGAAUCAAAACUGCACGAGGUCGAACAAUUGAUUUAUUAUCUUCAGAAACGUAAAUCGACCACCGAUGGGAACUCGGUAGAUGGAAAUGCCCAACCGGAACGUCCAACAUCGUCCAACACUGUGAAUUCGGACAACAGUGAUAUGGAACGAGCAGUAAUUAGCAAUGUCGAGAGUUACAUAGAAUUGUUGUACGAGUCUAUACCGGAAAAGAUCAAAGGAUCAGCAUUGAUUCUGAGACUUGCAAGAGUUCCUGACAAUCUUCUGGAACUAACAAAAAAUGAAUCUUUGUUGAGUGCUCUUGCAAGAGUCUUGAGAGAAGAUUGGAAACGAAGCAUUGAACUUUCUACGAACAUUAUUUAUAUUUUUUUCUGUUUUUCAACGUACAGUCAGUUCCACAAUAUUGUAGUGGAAUAUAGAAUUGGAUCUCUCUGCAUGGAAAUAAUCGAGUGUGAGUUGCAACGUUACGACGAAUGGAAAGAUGAUAUGGAAAAACGUCGACGACAGUUUGAAACAACGACUGGUUUAGUUCUGUUUCCUUCAACAAACAGCGACAACAGCACGGAAAGAAAAAUUAAACUGACAGAUGACAUUUGGAAUUCAGAAGGCCCCCUUGACUACGAAGCGAAACGCCGAUCUGACGACUUGAGUAUUCGAAUUUCUGAUGGGGAAGUCAAACGUAUGAAAGAUGAGCUCGAAAAAAGUCGUAAGAGAUUCAGAAGUUUGACUAAAAAACAGGAACAAUUGUUAAGAGUUGCGUUUUAUUUGCUAUUGAACAUCGCUGAAAACACCGAAGUCGAGCGAAAAAUGCGAAAAAGAAACAUCAUUGGUAUGCUGAUCAAAAGUCUUGAUAGAGUCAAUAACGAUUUAUUGAUGUUGGUGAUCACGUUUCUGAAAAAAUUAUCGAUAUUUCGUGAAAAUAAAGAGACUAUGGCUGAUGGCAAUAUAAUUGAAAAACUACCACGACUUUUGCAAAAUAAUAAUACUGAUCUCGUCCAAUGUACCCUCAAAUUGCUGUUCAAUCUUUCAUUUGAUACGAAACUCCGAGGAAGAAUGAUAAGAGUUGGUUUAUUACCGAAAUUGGUGAAGCUGCUCGGCCAGAGUGAAAUUAAGAACAAAACGACGAUCCUUGGGCUCUUGUACCACUUGAGCAUGGACGACAAAGUGAAAUCGAUGUUUGGAAAUACGGAUUGCAUGCCGAUGGUAACAGACAUGAUUCUUGAGACAGAGGAUGAGCGCGUGAAGCCGGAACUCAUUGCACUUUGCAUAAAUCUUGCUGCAAACAACAGAAACGCUCAGCUGAUGAUCGAUAAUAAUCGUUUGCAAGGAUUGAUUCACAAAGCGUUCAGAAAUCAAGAUGCCUUGAUCAUGAAAAUGAUACGAAAUAUAUCCCAACACGAUUCAACGAAAGAACACUUCGUGGAAUUCGUGGGUGACUUUGCCAUGGCAUUGAAUCAGUCGGACUCGCAAGAUUUUGUCUUGGAAAUAGUCGGCGUCCUCGGAAACCUGGCUUUGCCGGAUUUGGAUUAUUUUCAAAUCUUGCAGCGUUGCAAUCUGAUACCCUGGAUAAGAAACAAUUUAGUUCCUGGAAAAGUGCAGGAUGACCUUGUUCUUGAAGUCGUUGUUCUACUUGGCACUGCAGCUUGUGAUGAAGAUUGCGCCCGAUUAUUGUGCAAGGCGGAUAUUUUACUCUCACUCAUAGAGUUAUUGAAAGCGAAACAGGAAGACGACGAGAUUGUUUUGCAAAUAAUUUACGUAUUCUACCAGAUAUCGAAGCACGACUCGACGAGGGAUUAUUUGAUUCGCGAGACUGGUAAUGAAGCCCCAGGAUAUCUCAUCGAUCUGAUGCAUGAUAAGAAUCCAGCGAUACGUAAAGUUUGUGAUGCUUGUUUGGACGUGAUCGCCAUGUGCGAUAAAGACUGGGCUGCUCGUAUAAAAGUCGAAAAGUUCCGUUCCCACAAUCAACAAUGGCUUGAAAUGGUCGAAUCGAUUACAGUUGAUAAUGCCAAUCAUUUGGUGGUAGACGAGGAUGACAGUUUGCCACCGUUUAUGAGCGGCGAGUUGCUAAGGCAUACGAUGCUUUUUCCCUCAGGUAAUUCGACAGUUUUCAACACUGACGACGGUGAGUUGAACGUGAAGAAUUCAUCGGAUUCUUCGGAAAAUCCCAGUCGCCCGGUCAGUCGAUACAGUCGUGACUUGGAUGAGAUAAGCGAAUUGAUGGCGCGUUCUAAAUCACGAAUGUCCGUGGGUUCUGGCAUAGAGGAUCUUUAUCACAGCUCAAAAGUUAAGUUCACCGAAUCUGAAGCAUCCCACGUACUGAUAUGAGCUCAUUGAGUCACAUAAUAGUAAUGUUGUCCAUACUAUUACGAAUGGCUUGAACAGCAAAAAAAAACAACAACAAGACAAAAACACAUAAACACAUACUUAGAUUGUAUCGAUAUUAGCAAAAGUGUUACGCUUUCGUUCCAUAAGGUACUAGGCUUCAUCGAGGCGCGUAUUUUUCAUUUCUCGAGGCAUAAAAAAGGCGCCUCGAUAUCGCAUGCACACAAUGUCUUACAUUAGUCAUGAUUUACACACGUCUAAAAACGAAAAAAGUAAGAAACAAAACGCCAUUAAUGAUCUCAGCAUCCAAGUAUUUAGUGCCUUUUCAUUUUGAAGGAUGCAAUGUAGCGUGAUUUCGUAAACUAAAACCGAAGAACCGGACAAAAAAAUCGAGAGAUAAUUCCUUCGAAUCCUCGUUGCUCCGUGGAAUUUUUCCGUGUAUCUUCGUAGUCGGUUAAUCGCAACGACGACGUAUUUGAGCGAAACACUAUUCGUUCGUGUUAUCUAAAACUAGUCACAAAUGACGUAACGGUUUCAACACUAUUUCACGUCGAGUCUCAAACGAGUAAAAAAGUAAUUUAAUGUUGCACCAACUUUUAUGUUGCGUCGUCCAAUUCCAUUGCGAAUUUUCUUUGUACCUCGUUUUCAUCGGAUCUCAUGAAUCCUAUUUUACCGGAUUCUUUAUGUAAUUAUUUUACAGAUACAUACUAUAGAUAUAUAUAUAUAUAAAUAUAGAUGGAAUAUUUGGAGAUUUAAGGACCGAAGGAAACGUUACUUAGACUCGAUUGACAAUCGAGCUUACAAAACGAGAGAAACAAUUUUAGUCUAUUAUAUAUUCAUAUAAAUAAAUAGUUCGUUCUUUAUGCCAGUCCUGUUUUUGUAUAUUAAGGAUGAAUCACAAUAAUUCGUGCAAACAAAUUCAUUGUUUAGAAAAUUGCACACCAAGCGAUACACAAAAAUCUUCAAAAAUUUGACCAUUUCCAAGACGCUGCUCCAGCAUGUGAAAAUAAACUGAUUAAAAAGUCA